UCAUAAUGCUAAAAUCCAGAAGAAACAUCAAAUAUCUCUUCUUUAUGAGACAUGGUGAAAGAUCUGAUUUUGCUGGGCAUACAGUAAUAAGAAAAGAAGAUCCUGCUUUAUCUCCUAACGGUCAUAUUCAGGCUUAUCAGACUGGAGAGUUUCUGAAGAAGUUCUUCAGAACAAAUCAAAUCUCCAAUUACAUAAUCUAUUCAUCUCCCUUAGUUCGAGCAAUUCAGACUGCUUCCGAAGUCUCUAAAGCUCUAGGUGCUCCUUCUGUAACUCUCCACAACGGAAUUUGUGACCAGUUUGAUAUCUAUGGAUCUCCUCUUGGCUUAAAGGGCAUUGAGCUUUUCUCCAGAGAUGAAUCAACCUUCUACGAUUUGUAUCUUCCUGAAUCGAAUGUUAAACUGAAGAACAAAGAGCCUGAUGAUGAACCAAGAGAUAGCAUCAGAAUAUCAGAAGAGUUUAUAGAUAAAAUGAAAGAUUCUGAAGUACAAGCUAUUGUGGCAGUUUCUCAUUGGGAUGCAGUCAAGAAUUUUAGUGAUCACUACCAAGCAGAUGAUGAGUACAGGCCGAUGCCCAACUGAGCUGUUUCUUGUCUGGAGGUUGACCUCGAUGAGGAUUUUAAGGAACUUAUUAUGGAUAGGCAAGUGCUGUAUAAAUAA